AUGGCGUCUAACAGCAUUCCCACUGGCACCAACGCCAGCAGCAUGCGCCAGACCGCCCGUCAAACCCGUACAAACCCCUCGAGACUCUCGAAGACGGUUGGCCGCUCGUCUCUUGCCGGCAGCCAAGUUGGUGGCUCCUCGAGCCUUGGAGGAGGGCACGGAGCUGGCGGCUCGCAUCAGGGAAACGCGAUGCCAACGGGGAUGUAUCCGGGCAUCACUCACUUCAGUGAUGCUAUUGAUGCGCUGCCUAGAGAAUUCCGAAGACAUAACUCGUUGUUGAAUGAGGUUGAUGGCAAGGCGUGGGCGCUAGAGGAGCAGCUGUCCAAGCUGCUCACUUCCGCGACGAAGCUGAUUUCGAUAGACUAUGACGCUCCAAAGCCGCAGACGGUCGACGUCACACCCACGAGACAGGUUUUUCAAAACAUCCGCUCUACUCUCGGCGAUUUACUAGGGACCAUUGAUGAAAAGAAUCACGUUGCGCGCAAUGCGAAUGCCACUCUUCAGCGAGACGUCGGUCGACUCGAUGCCGUUUACCCUUAUGUUCAGCGCGAAGUGAGCGAAGAGGCUCGGCUCGGAAGCGUAACGCACUGGGCGUACAUCAACAAACCCACUCCCAAAACGAGUGCUAGUGCCGUCAACGAACGGCCCAGAAGAGACACGGCCGGCGCAAACAGCCAUCGAGUUGGCCAUGGAGACGCAGACAACGAACCGAGAAAGGAGCCUGUCCGCCGACAGCGUCGCACCCAGGCCGAAAUCGAAGCGGACGAGGCACGAGCGGGCGGGCCCGUACGAAGAAAGCCAGGCCCAAAAAGCCGUGUACUCGAAAACCAAUUGAACGAACAAGCUCUUGCUGCCGCCGUAGCUGGCGGUACCGGGGCUGUGACCGCUGGUGGAUCGAAACGGCGAAAGGUAGAACAUUCCCAAGUGAUGACGGCCACAGCCAUGGAACGAUCCGCAAGCGCAGCUACGAAUGUGCCUGUCGGAAGAGCGGGAUCGAAGGAAAGCCCUGCUCCUGAUACAGUGAAGAAAAGAACGAGGGCGCCCAAUGCGAAUACAGCUGCAAGAAAGAGAACAAACACGGUUACUUCAACAACAAGCUCACCAUCGCUCGCUGGCACAAUGGGGCCAUCACAACUCAAUCCUACUUCCAACGGUGCCACGCCAACGUCUUCGCUUCGAUCACAACCACGGCCGCAGCAACAGGCUCAGGCCCAGGCUUCCUCCCGCCAGAGGCCGUCUUCAUCUGCAUCAAAUCGAAACCCGAAAAAAGAAUUACUGGACGCCAGGCCCCCGUCUUCAAAGGACGCAGCUAGUCCCAGAAUUGACGCAGCCAGAGCCAAUGGCGACAUAAUUAGAAACAGCCCAAAGACAACAGCCCUUGAGCUUAAACACGAGGAGGCUAACUCUAUGGUCAAUUUGGCAGCUACUAAUAAUCAUCUAAACGAUGGGAAGGGAGAUUACUCGAAUCUACCGGAAAUAAACACCGGCAUCUCUACAAAGCGGUCCUCCAAAAACUCAACGCCCGUUUCAUCCACAUAUGCCGAAUCACAGCAGAGAUCGAGACCGUCUAGGGCAGGAGACGGACCAAAGCGAUCCCACAAGAAGACGGGCAGCAUUUCAACUGCUCGGCAGAUAGCUUUAUCUGCCGCGGCGGAAGAACCUGAAGACGGACCUCGGGGUGCGGACGAGGAAGACGAUGAGACGGAGCCACGAUAUUGUUACUGUAACGAAGUCAGUUUUGGAGAGAUGGUGGCGUGCGAUAAUCCGAAUUGUCCGCGUGAAUGGUUCCAUCUUUCGUGCGUUGGGCUGACGAAGCCGCCUUCCAAGAGUGUUAUAUGGUAUUGCAAUGAGUGCAAGGAUGGGAUGAGGAAAACUAAAACUGGAAAUGGGAAAUAG